UGUGAACAGCCCGCCGGAAGUGACACACGCGCGCACACGUUUGUAUCUUUGCGUGAAAUUCCACAAGAUUAGAGUUUGCGUCUUUUGUUUGACAACGGUAAAACUCAAUAAAAGGCAGCUAUAGGAAACCGAAAACAACCGCAAAGGUUUGAAAAGCCCCACAAAAGCUUUGGGAUAUUUUAAGUUUGGACUUUGUCAAGCGCUGCAGAUGUGAAGUAUGUGGCAAACAAAAGCACGGCGGCGUUGGCCAAGUAACUGGUGGAAGUGAGUAACCAAAAAAGAUGCCGAGGCGCUGACAAGAUGGAGGUGGGUGACAAAGAACGGCAGAAGUGGGGCGGAGAUGACAUGGACAAGGACAGCGACCAUACCCAGGAGCCCCGGGACGAGUUGGGCCUUCCCAUCAUGCACUGGGAGGCGCUGAGCCUUCGCAUCGCCGAGCUGGAGAAGCAGGAAGAGGAGAAGAAGGACAAGCUGGCAAAGAGCGGCGCGGCGACCCUGGAGCGAGGCCGAGCUCCCGUCAGCUGCACGGGUGAACAAGGAGCUGUGGGGUGGGAGAACGAGGACGGGCGCCGGCGCCAUCGGCGCCACCACGAUGGGCAGGACAACAGUGAUGACAACGGAGACGUCUCUGCUCUCGGCUCACGACUGCAGACGCAAAUGAACCUUCAGCUCUGCUUCAUCAACAACAGCGAGAGUGAUGACGAAGAGCAGGAAGAAGAGGAAGAGCGAGAGCGAAGGGAGGGAGAUGCCAGCGCAGCCCUGAGCGGAAGCGUCGUCCCGGGUCUCAAGAUGGCCAUGCCUGCGGCCAAGUCAGAGAAAAGCAAGUCCAGAGGCUUCCGGAACACUUGGAGGAAGCUGCGAGAGCGGCUGCGAGCGGACCACAAGCCACCUAACCCGGCUGGCGCCGACCCACCGCUCCACGGGAGACGCUUGGAGCGCGCCGACGUGUACAAAUUGAACCUCGGGGAGCUCCGCGCCCAACGAUCUUUCCUUACCCAAACGGUGCAAGAGCUGAGCUCGGAUCUGGUGGCCGGGCUGCAGGUGCGAGACCAGCUGAGGACGGAACAGGACGCUAUGUUGCUGGAGGUUCAGGACCUCACGUCCCUGCAAGUUUGACGGACACCAAAGUCUGACCAUUUCAACACGGUUGCGUGACACUACACGUGUUUGUUUUCACGCAUGAAAAGGGAAUUUUCACAACAAGCAAUUUUUUUAUAUCCACACGGACGAUCAUGGCUUCGUCUGAAUAAUGCCGCAGAUGUUUUUCCGUCUCCGUGUGUUAGCGUAAAAUGAGCGCCAUUUGGUCUAAAAGCUUGAAUGUCAGAAUGAGGGAAAAAAAUGUGGUCCACUUGUUCAAAUAUGUUUACAAGUAUUAAACUCUGUUGAAAUCUU